GAAGAGUUGAGGGUGUUUGCGGCAGCAGGAAACUCAGCUCAGUUCAGUCGUGGUUAAAUGUGGGAAGCAUGGAUCCCUCUGCUGCAGUCUCACUUUACCUGUAACACAGCAGACAGCGGACUUUGAUUUGUCAGUGGCACACAGUGUGUCAGUAAGAUGCAGCUACGACUGUGCUGACUGACAGCAGCUCAACAAGUCACAACACUGGACAGCUGACGAGCUGCAGCGUGUGAGUUGGUAACUCAGCCUCAGUGUGCCAUGGGUGGACCUGCCCUGCCCCUGUGUCUACUGCUCUGGAUAGUAGGAGCGGAUGUUUCCAGGACGCAAGGUCAGGUCAUAGCUCCGGCCAGUCUCAAUGCAGAGGUGGGUCGUUCCCUGCUGCUCGGCUGCAACGUCACCACGGAAGCAGGCAACACAGUCCGGCAAGUGCGCUGGCUCAACAGGCACAAGAAGGUCGUCCUGGCGUACGAGCAAAGCCAGCCAAUCCGCAUCAGCCAUCAAGGACCCAACGUGGAGCUCACCGCCUCCAACAACGAUGCCAGCUACAUCACCAUCAAGAGGGUGCGGCCUGAUGACGAGGGCUGCUACCUUUGCAUCUUUGAUGUUUACCCCACGGGCUCGCUGGAAGGCAGGACGUGCAUCAGCGUCACUGGUAAAGUGCACCUGGAGGGCAACAAGACGGCCGUGAGCGGGAAGCCGGCCACCCUGUCCUGCUGGUACAGCCUCCCCGAGAAGGUCCAGCAGGUGCUGUGGAGGAAGACGGCUGAACAGGGUGACACCACCAAGGUGGCCACCUUUGCCAAGCGCGGCCACCAGUUCAUAGAGGAGCAGUACAAAGGUCGGGUGAGCUUGAGCCAAACGCUGGGGGACACUCAGCUGACCAUUCAGGCGGUCAGGACGGAGGACGAGGCCUGCUACACCUGCGAGUUUCACACGUACCCAGAUGGCACCAGAAGUGACAUCGCCUGCCUCUCUGUUUAUGUUUUACCCAAACCAGAGGUGAGCCAUGUGACCUCAUCCUCAGGAGUCACUGAGGCAAACUGCACCGCCCAGUCCCGACCUGCAGCAGAGAUCAUGUGGAACGUUGGCGGGGAGAACCGAACACUCGGACCGCCCAUUUCAACCUCUUACGAGCAGGGUGACGGCACAACCGUAGUGACAAGUACGCUGGUAUUCCAAUCAGGGCUGCUCAGUGACCUGUCUGUCAAGUGCAUUGUGCACCACCCGGGUCUGGAGAAACCUCUGACACUGUCCCUCAACAAAAACGUGGGUCCGGCCAUGGUCAUCCUCCUUUCAGUGUGCGGUGUGGCAGCGGUCCUCCUCCUGUGUCUCUGUGUUUGUCUCUGCAAGUGCUUCAUCUGCACUGACGACUGAUUUGGAGGCCGACGUCACUGCUGCUUUGAUGAAGGUCCAGCGGAGCUCUGAGGCUGACCUAACUGCUCAGCACCGUGCCCUCCAGCUCAGCGUGCAGAGGAAGGGAACAGAGCUGUCACAGAACGGAGCCAACAUGGCUGGUUCUGCUCCCAUGAGCUGGGAAGAUCACACAUUCCUCUUGUCAUUUAAUACAAAGUAAACAGAACUAAAACCACAUUAUUUAAUGCUAGAUUUCACACUUAACAGUCGAAACGUUGCUUCGAUGAUUGAUGAAAUCCUUUUGAUAUGAGCAGAGGUUGUAGGAUUUGCAUCAGUAUGUUUAAUGGAAUCAUGGAGGUCCAGUUGUGUUGCUGUGUGUGUGUGUGUGUGUGUGUGUGUGUGUGUGUGUGUGUGUGUGUGUGUGUGUGUAAGGUCAGAUCUUAGAUGUUGAACAGAGUAAUAAGUUAUAUAUUUUUUAAAGUUUUGGUUAUGUCUAGCUUGAGUACAGUUUGCUCAGUUGAAGUGUUUUUGACUUUGUUGGUUAGCUCAUUACAAAAAUUUUAACAAAAAAUAAUUAUUGUAAUGUUGAAAUAAAUCAAUAAAUAAUUUAUCAGUGGGGGAUUUAUUAGUUCCCAUUUAAACUGACACAAACAUGGCCUUAAAAACUACUUUUCCAUAUUGCUCAGUGAGCUCCUUAAAAGGUAACCUUGGUAUUUUUCAACCUGGCCCCUAUUUUCCCAUGUUUUUGUGUUUAAGUGACUAAUGAGAACAAGUUUUGAAAUUAAAGAAGAAGACAUACUUUAUUGACUGAUAUAUACACACAUUCCCGAAAUACACACACAUGCACAGACAGGACCUAUACAUGCACUAAAUGGAGAGAUGUCACAUGAGAUUCCUUGGAUAGGCCCCCAAGCUGCUGGGGGUUCAGUGCCUUGCUCAAGGGCAUUUCAACAGUGCUCAAGAGGCCAACUGGCACCUCUCCAGCUACCCGUCCGCACUCUAUACUCUGUAUGGGGACUUGAACCGGCGACCCUAAGAUUCCCAAGCCAAGUCCCUAUUGGCUGAGAUACUGCUGCUGCAAAACAGGCUGCAUUGUAAUCCCUAAGGGCAAUUGAACACCAGCAAAAGUGCUUGUUUUUGCCACUGACAGGCUCAGAUUGUUAUUCUAGGUGUCUGACAACGUUAUGGAAAGGAUCCCUACUGAGAUAGACUUUUUUGCUCCAGAGUAAGAUCUAUUUUGUUUAACCAGAAAUAGCCCCAAAAUUGCUAUCGCCAAACUCACCAGUCCCCAUUUAAAUAAACAGCAAUUUUAGAGUACAUAGAGCUAGCAUAUUUUUACAUCUAACUGGCCGAAUUAAGGGUUUAUUCGAACCAAGCCACAGUUGGCGAAUGGUGGAACAGUGGAAAUAUGAACCAAGAUGGCUUUUGUAUGUUUUAUUUUGUUUGUUGACUCUAAAUGAAGUUUGUUUUGCAAUGACAAAAUUACAUUGUGCGUUGGUUUGCUUUGUAAUAAAAAAGGGCUAUCUCUGUAGGGAUCCUUUUAAAAAUGUUGUCAGACACUUAUUUUAACAAUCUGAGCCUGUCAGUGGCAAGAAAAGCACUUUUGGUUGAUGCACACUGAUGGCGCACAAAUGCCUGCAGGAAUUACAUCACAACCAUUUUCAAGAAAAUGUUGUCUCCAUCAGUCACUUAGACACAAAUGUAUGGGAAAAUAGGGUCCAGGCUGAAAAAUACCCUUUAAAUCAUGGCUUCAACUCUUCUUUCUUUCUGUAUGUCAUUAAACUCUAUCCUGGUUGGUGCACGGACACAUGUAACAACAUUGAAACUCUUUUAGGUUUGGCACUUGGCUCACGCACAGCUGAUCGAGAAAAUAGAUUUUCAGGGCCUUUAAGGUGGCUGAAACUUCAGCUGCUGCCUGAUUACUGUUGACCACCUAAAUGGCCACCACAGGGUGCUACGUCACCUAAAAACCCUCUAUUUGUGGUUUUCAAUGAGACAACACUUGGUAAACUAGAAAAAGAGGGAUGAUUAAAGGAUGGCAAUUCUGAGCUAAGCUUACAAGUUACAAGAAAUCAAAAAGAAACGGGGGACUGAGUCUAACAUGUGACUUCUAGUGAACCAGCCAUAGUGUGACUCAGACUGAAGGGAUGGCUGUGAGUGGGAAAUAAUGAAAGGUUUGUUAUUUAUAGCUGCUGUGUUGUGGGGGCCGAGAAGGGUGGUCGAUCUGUAACGUUCAUGCUCUCGGUGGUUAACACCGCCCAAACGAUUCCUGUGCAGAUGAACCCUGCAGCUGUAAAUCACUGCAUGUGUGUGUUUGUUUUGGAAGUGAAAGAAAUUUGGAGUGUCUGUGUGUGUGUGUGUGUGUUGCAUUGUUGUACAGUAUUUCAUGACUUAAGGAGCCGAACUAUCAGGAGCACCAGUAUCAAAAUUUAACUUAUGUGGAUAAAUAUUAAUAUAGGCUUACAUGGGCUGUGUACAGUUAAUUUGGUAGAACAUCUCUUAUCAGGAAAAAAAUAUUCAAUUAACAAUUAAACACCACUUAUAGGUUAUUUUACAGUAAAGUCAAAUAUCUGUAUAUAAAGAUGAUUAUAAGGAUUAAAUGUCAAUAAAUGCCUUUGAAGUUAAAAAAACUAA